AUGUUUCUUUGUCUUCUCAGGACGUCGCCAGUAGAAGAAAAUAUGGGCAUCAUCAUCGGCUCAUUCUUUGUCCCACUUGCCAACCUUCUUCCCUUCCUUCACUACCACCUGAACAGUUCUGAGAUUCUCCCUCUUGAUUCGAUGGGACUCCCCGCUCUCUGGUCCACUCCUGCACCACCCUGCGCCCUGUACCCUGCACACCCAGCCCAACUUUGCCGGUAUCCACGGCCUUGGGUCGCUCCCAACAACCCUGCCCACCGCACAGAUGGAGGUCUUGUGCUGCACUGGCGGUCAGCCAGUGCGCCUCCCUUUACCAGGUCUCUGGAAACCCGGCCCACAGCAAAGCCCGGACUACUUGGCCGUCCAACCCGCACCGAGAACGGGUGCAGGUACCUACGUCGGCCUGUGUGCCGUGGAAUGUAUCAACUUACUCCCCCUCCUCAGUCCCAGGCCAGCAAUUAG